UUACGGUUAAAACUCAUAUUAUAUCCUAAUUAAUCAACCUGUUUCACUUCCAUUUUCAUUUUCGAGAGUUAAGGCUUAAUUAAUCGAUAUGGCGAGUACCUCAAGCGAUGAAGAUGAUUCAAGCGAGAUUCACAUUCAAAAGAAGCAACGAACAGAGGAUAAAACAUGCUCUGCCAUGAUGUAUCUUGAUGUUCUACAUUGUCCUGUCUGCUGCGAGUCACUCACUACUCCUAUCUUCCAGUGUGAUGAUGGGCACUUGGCUUGCUCUUCUUGCUGUUCCAAACUGAGUAACAAGUGCCAUGCAUGUGCUUUGCCUAUUGGAAAGAAUCGUUGCAUAGCAAUGGAGACAGUUCUUGAAUCAACUCUUGUCCGAUGCCCAAACGCCGAGUUUGGUUGCACGAAAAUGGUAUCUAAUUGGAAAAUACCAACUCAUUUAAAGGAAUGCACUCGCUCUCAGUGCUCAUGCCCUGCAUUGGGCUGUGAUUACACUGGCUCAUACGAGGAUCUCUACAAACAUCUUUUUCAUUCUUCUUCUAUCCACGAUGUUAUAUAUAUGUUUUGUACUGGCUUCAGUUGUGGCGAAAUCUUUGAUGUCCGGAUGAACAUCAAAGUCAAAGAUAAGAAUAAGAUAUAUGUUAAAAGGGAGUUCAAGAAGCACCUAUUGUUUGCGGUGCAGUGUUUUAGUGAGGCGGAUGGUGUGUAUAUAACUGUUAGCUGCAUCGCACCAUCUGCUCCGGAAGUAGGAGAGUUCUCAUAUCAUCUCUCCUACACUGUGGAUGGGAACGCUAUAACUCACGAAUCAACUGUGAAGAGACUUCUUGAAUUGAGCUCCAAAAGACCUGAAGAGAGUUACAUGAGGAUCCCUCACAGUUUAUUGCGUGGUGAACGGUUGGUGAUGGAGCUUUGCAUCAAGAUGUUGAACAAAGAGUAAGAAUGUUGGGGUGUGAUGUAGAGAAGAAGCUCCUUUUAAUAUUGUGUUUGUAAACUCGCUCUAUCUCGUCUGUUUUUUUUGUGAUAUAUAAGAAGCUUUUGUUGGGUCAAGGUAGAGAUGUGUGGAUCGUAACUCGUUUGGGUUUGCAUUUUGUACGAUGAUGGAUGUUUGUUAUCUGGUGGAAUCGACUCAAAACUUGAAUGUACAUGUGUAACAAACCACAAAAAGAAAAAA